AAUGCUAAUUUUUUCACUAAUUAUUUUUUUUCAGAUUUGUAUCCAUCAUGAACUUUCCAGAAAUACAAAAGGAAGAAAGGUCGAUGUAAUAAGUGAUGCUAUAGACAAAUAAAAUCAAAAAGAGGAAACCUAUUGAUCCUGAUACUAAAACAAAUCUGAUACUUAGUGUUGUUAAAGAUCAUUUACCAAUUUAUUAAGUAUUAAUCUUUCUAUAAAUGACUAGGCAGCUAUAAUCCAUAAAGUUAAAUAUUCAUCUGCCAAACAUAUAUUAAGAAAUUACUACAGUGAUACUGCUAAUUAUUUCUCAGCUCAAAAGAAGAGAAGAAGAAAGAUUAUAUGCGGUGGAGCCACAAUCUUAGUUAAUUCUAAAAGUGGAAAUAUCAUUUUAUAUUCAUAAUAAAGUUAACCAAUUCCAUUUUUAAAAAAUGGUGUCAAUGUCCAAAUUAAAUCAAAAGUUCUUGAUAACCUUUGCUUAUCUAUCAAUUAAGAAUUCACUACCAGAAAAAGUUAACAGUUAUUAAUGUAAUAUAAUUUUGAGACCAUUCUUUAAGAUAUUUAAUCAGAAAAAUUAGAAGACAAACUCAAAUCUGUUUUUAGGACACUUAAAAAAUAACACAAGGAAAUGGUUUCAUGAUAUCAAUUACAU